AUGGCGUCUAGGGUUGCUCUGAAGGUUGGCGGCAAGGGGAAGAAGAGCGGCAAGGGAGGGCGAGGCGGAGAGGGGAAAUCAAGGACGGAGUGCUUGAAGGAGUGGACGGAUUGGAGCCUGCACAAGGCCAAAGUCAUCGCUCACUAUGGCUUCAUCCCUCUCAUCAUCGUGAUCGGCAUGAACUCCGAUCCCAAGCCGCAGCUCUACCAGCUCCUCAGCCCUGUUUGA